GUAAGGGUUUCGCAGCGAAGCUUUAAGCGUUUUGAAAUCCAUAAAAUUGUAAAAAUGGAGUGUGUUGUUCAAGGAAUUAUAGAGACACAGUAUGUUGAGGCACUUGAAAUUCUACUUCAAGGUCUUUGUGGUGUUCAUAGACAACGCUUAGGGGUCCAUGAAAUUUGCCUUAAAAGUGGUCCAAAUCUUGGAUUUGUUGCUUCCGAGGUCAGAUUAUUGUGUGAUAUUGAGCAGGCUGAACCUACAUGGACUGUUAAACAUGUUGGGGGUGCAAUGAGGGGUGCUGGUGCAGAGCAAAUUUCGGUUCUGGUUAGGAGUAUGGUAGAAAGCAAAGCAAGCAAGAAUGUGCUUCGAUUAUUUUAUGCACUGGGAUACAAGGUGGAUCAUGAGCUGCUGAGAGUGGGAUUCACCUUUCAUUUCCAAAGGGGUGCUCCAAUAACUGUAACCGUUUCAUCUGUUAAUAAGAUGCUUAAAUUGCAUGCAACAGAUGAGGCUGUGCCGGUAACACCCGGUAUACAGCUUGUUGAAGUGACUGCCCCGGCGACCUCAGAAAAUUAUAAUGAAGUUGUUGCUGCUGUUUCAUCCUUCUGUGAAUAUCUUGCUCCGCUGCUGCAUUUGUCAAAGCCUGGUGCUUCGACUGGAGUUGUCCCUACAGCUGCUGCAGCUGCUGCGUCUCUCAUGUCUGAUGGUGGGGGCACAACCUUGUAAUAGAAUUUGUAAAAUUGCAGAAUGUUAAAACUUAAAAACAGUACUCUGCAUGAAUGAUGAAGGAGAUGAUUCAUUGCAAAAUUUCAUUUCCCCUCUUAUAUAUGGCCGUUAGAAAUACCUUGUGAAUGCUAUAUUUUCAAUCCCCAUUUUUAACUUAA